UGAACCCCCCGCCUGCAGAGAGAGGGGACAGGCAUCCAGCUGUGAGCGAGAUGGUGUUUUUGUUGUCACUUGUAAACAAAAAAGUGCAUUGUGGGUAAUACUGAAAUGUCCCGCUGCGUCUCAUCAGGAACCUUCAAACUUUGGGGUCAAUCCAUCCAGGUGAACUGGGCGGAGCCUGAGAAGGACGUCGACGAGGACGUGAUGCAGAGAGUUAGAGUGCUCUAUGUGCGUAACCUGAUGCUGAGCACCUGUGAGGAGACUCUUCGUCAGGAGUUUUCUCAUUUCCGCCCGGGCAGCGUUGAGCGCGUCAAAAAACUCACGGACUACGCCUUCGUUCACUACCGUUGCCGUGACGACGCCAUCAGCGCGCUCAGCCUGAUGAACGGCGCGCAGAUCGACGGCGCCACCGUGGAAGUGACGCUUGCAAAACCUGCGGGACUCAAAGAGGGGCGGAGCCAAACUGCGCCGCCAGGGCCGGGGCGGAGCUACAGCAGCAGCAGGGGGUACCUGGGGAGCCAAAAUGGAGGGGGAGGAGCCUAUGUUCUCCACAGGGAGGGAGGUGGGAGGGACUUAUGCUCCCCCCUCAGAAACAUGCCCCUGCCGCCACGCCUGGGAAGCCCCUAUUUCUCAG